UUUUUGUGAGAUAUUAUGUUGAAAGCAAUUUGUGUUUCCAAUUGGCAAUUGAUUUUUUUAAAAAGGGGAUCAGCUAUAGCAAGAAUUGUUGGCAAAAAUGUCCAGAAGUCCAACAGAUUUGAUCCUACUGUCAAGAUGUGGGUAUUUGAAGAGAUCAUCAAUGGAAGAAAGCUCUCAGAAAUAAUCAACCAAGAACACGAAAACGUUAAAUAUCUCCCUGGAUACAAGAUGCCCAAAAAUGUGGUGGCUGUACCAGAUGUGGCUGAAGCAGUGAGAGGGACAGACAUCUUAGUGUUUGUCCUACCACAUCAGUUCAUCGGACGAGUCUGUGAGCAGAUGGCAGGUCACAUAAAGCCUGGAGCAUUUGGGAUUUCACUCAUCAAGGGGAUUGAUGAGGGUCCUGAAGGGCUGAAGCUCAUAUCUGACCUCAUUCGAGAGAAGCUGAAAAUAGAAAUCAGCGUGCUUAUGGGGGCCAACAUAGCCAAAGAAGUGGCUGAUGAGAAGUUCUGUGAAACCACCAUUGGCUGCAAAAACGAGAAACAAGGGCAGAUCUUUAAGGAAUUACUGCAGACUCCCAACUUCAGGAUUACCGUAGUGCCUGACACUGAUACAGUGGAGAUCUGUGGAGCCUUAAAAAACAUUGUAGCAGUAGGAGCCGGCUUCUGCGACGGACUGAGCUUUGGUGAUAACACGAAGGCAGCAGUGAUCCGUUUAGGCCUUAUGGAAAUGGUGGCCUUUGCCCAGAUCUUCUGCAAGGGAUCUGUGUCAAUAUCCACUUUCCUGGAAAGCUGUGGAGUUGCUGACCUAAUCACUACCUGCUAUGGAGGACGCAACAGAAAAGUGGCGGAGGCCUUUGCUCGCACAGGAAAAUCCAUUGAGGAAUUGGAAAAGGAGAUGCUGAAUGGACAAAAACUACAAGGUCCUCAGACUUCAGCUGAAGUCUACAAGAUUCUGAAAGAGAAAAAUAUGCUUGACAAGUUUCCGUUGUUCACAACCAUCUACAAGAUCUGCUACGAGGGUGAAUCGAUCCAGAAUUUCAUCUCGUGUCUGCAGAACCAUCCACAGCACAUUUAGGAAUUGGCUCUCCCCACCUGGUUGUGUUCUCAUCUUUGCAGGACUUUAUCCACUCCACAGCAAAUAAAGUAGACAAAUAGAUUACGUGGCAACGCUUGCUGUAAGAGCAACACAGAAUGUAUUUCAGUAUCCUCGUUCUGGGGGUAAAAAUCUGCCUUCCAACGUUAUAUCCACUCAACAGGAAAAUGUAAAAAUCUGUCUUUGCUUUGAGAUAGCAAUUUGAGCACUUGCCUGCAAUUUCGUGUUGGUUAAAGACAGUGACCCUCAUAAUUUUUGUAACAGGAGUUCAAUUUAGCUCACAUGGACCUCAGCACUUUGCUUUCUAAUAUUUGUUACAGAACAGCACAAGAUGCAGAAAAGUUGAAGAAUGCAUCAAAACAGGAAUGAGAGUUAAAAGGUCCUACAGCAAUAAGAUGCAGCCACGUCAGCCAAUAUGGGAUUCGUAAUUCCCCUCAAACACAAAUAGCAUAACAUUUUGUAUUUUGAGAUGUUUAGUCCUUCCUUGAACAUUUCCCAUGGUAAGGCACUUUGGAAAAAACAGGUAUUGCUGCUGUGCUGAGACACACAUGAAUGUUCAGCAGAUGUACAAAGAAAAGAGUUUCAGGGUGGGGGAGGAAGGAAGGGCCUUUUUUAUUCAGGACACACGGAACCUCCAAUAGCAAUCUGAUUUCCUUACAUUUACUGUACUGUUGAAAAACAGGAGAAGAAAAAUGAAAGGAGAAUGACCAAAAACAUUCAUGUGAGUGUUAGCACUUGUGAGCAAGUGUUACCCACCGGUAUUCGUGCUGGCUGGGAGGAGAAAGCUGAAGAAGAGACAGCUGGGACACACGCACAGCUCAGCCUGCAGCCUGCGCAGUGCUGUUGUUCUGAGGAUACAGAAGCAGCAAUGGAACGCUCUGCGUUCCCUGACUUUGCAGACGUGCACAAAAUUGACCGCUACAGACGCACAGAAUUCCUUAUCUAAUUGGAUCCAAAACCGGGCUGCAUUUCAGCUCCACCAGGAAACCCCCAGGACUGACACAACUGAACUGCAUUUGUCUUCCCAUGGACUGCACUACGGCACUGCCCCGACCCCACUGCAGAGUGGGCAGCACUCCUGAAGGGAGACAGCUCUCUCCCCUUCUGAGUUUUACACACCAACUGGUUCUCCAACCAGUUUUUAAUUUUGUUACCAAUGGCAUUCAUUUUAGAAACAUCCAAGUUUUCUAAACUGUAUCAGGUAACUUUACCCAGCUGAUGUUUUUCAGAGCAAAGGCCGGCUGUGAAAUAAAGAGCAUCACAUUUUCCAAGCUUUAAUACCCUUUUUAAAAGAUUCAUAUUCAGAAAGAAGGCAAGCAAAACGGAAGAGUAACCUACUUUUGCUUUGCUUUAUCUGAUUUUCCAGAAGAGCAGAGGGGAACACAAGGGGCUUUUUAAUCUGUAUUCAAAUGACAAAUUGGUUUGAAAAAUAAACCAAAAAAAGGCUAGGUUAUUAAACCCUUUCCAUGCUAUACUUUAGAGGAAUAUUACUGUCUUUCAUGUUUAUCAGAUUUAUAUGGCAUUGUGUAUCAAAUAUAAAAAUAAGUAAUUAAAAAAUAAUAAUUAAAAAGUCUCAGUCUUACAGCUAGGAAAGCUGGCUCAACUGGUGGGAACGUGGCUGCAGCACCCUGGUCCCUGCUGGGCAGCAGCAAAGGUUGACAGUGUGAAGGCAGCAAUGGAGCCCAUACGAAGACCCUGGGCUGGAGGAACGGGACUGCAAUAGCAAGUGAGAAAGAAUUAAAUACUGUGCAGUCCUUAACGUGUCAAAUACAUGAGGAUGGGAUAGAGAAUUCAGAAACCUCCUUAUUUCACGGGUGGGCUGAAAUUCUCUACCUCAUUUCAGAGCAUCAAACAUUUGACAGUCAAAGUUUCAAACAAUACUUUCUCGAAGUGAUCAAUAAAUGCAAGCUUGAUGUAAUUUCAUUUAAAAAAAAACUCGCAUAAAAUAAAUGAAUGUUCUGA